CACUGAGUAGGAAAGGUAACAGCUUCCUCUUAGCAUGUCCCAGCCAAAGGACUGUGCAAUACUCAGAGCAGGCUAGCAUCAGUGGCUUGGUAACAAAGGGUUAACUAGUCCUCCCCCCCCGCCCCCCCCCCAAAAAACCUCCUGAAGAUUGACAUUCCCCAGCAAGGAGGAAUUUUCCAGGCCUAAAUUCAUCUCCUACCAGCAACAGCCCUUUUUCCAAGUUUGGAAAACACUGGAAGACUGGAAAUCGCAACAGCAUGAAAGAGAAAGCAGAACCGAACAAGGAAGACGGGAAAGGUGAUACUAUGUCUGUGAUAUACAGCGAGGUGGCUGCCGAUGAGCCAACUACCAACAGCUUCUGGAUGCCCAAUUGCUACCAGAGCACAGUCAAACGUCUGGAUGAUGGGUACCGUGUCUGUGACCAGAUUGUAGCUUGCUUCCAGGAACGGGCAAAGAUUGAACGUAACUAUGCUUUGAUGAUGGAUGAAUGGUCUCGCAAAUGGCGGCCCCUGGUUGACGCAAGCCCGGUAUAUGGUUCCCUACUCCGGGCAUGGCAAGCUUUCCUGGGGGCUUCUGAGCGGUUAAGCCAAAUACACAUGGAGAUGCAAAGGGCUUUGGUCUCUGAGGAUGCUGGACGUAUCCGAUCCUGGCAGCAUGACUCCUAUCACCGCAAGCUCUUUGGGGGCUUCAAGGAGACUUGCGAGCUAGAAAAUGGUUUCCAGCGGGCUCAGAAACCCUGGACUAAGAAGCUCAAGAAGGCAGAGAAGGCCAAAACUCUUUAUCACAAGGCCUGCCGCAAAGAGCACAUUGCAACACUGCGGGAGAGUGGAAUCCAGACACCAUCGGGGGCUGAAGUAUCUCCAGAUCGGCAGCGUACUUUGCGGGAAGAGCAUCAACGUUGUAGCCAAGAAACCAACAAGAUCCGUGAACGUUAUCAGAAGGCCCUGCAGGAGCUCGACCGUUGCAGCCCUCGCUACAUGGAAGAAAUGGAGACUGUGUUUGAGCAGGGGCAGGCUCUGGAGCAGAGACGGAUUGUCUUCCUCAAAAGUGCCUUCUUCGCCCUGCAUCGGCGUCUGGAUAUCACUGCAGAUUCCAGUAUCCAAGCCGUUUAUGGUGAUUUGCAUCAGGCCAUUGAGGAGAUAAAUGACCAAGAGGAUCUUAAAUUGUGGCGUAACCGAAAUGGCCCAGGAAUGCCCAUGAACUGGCCAAAAUUUGAGGAUUGGAGCCCUAAUCUUGACAGGCUACAAGUGAAGAUCAAGAAACCCAAGGAACCAGAGAAAGUGACACCUUGUAGCAUCUCCCCCUCCCAGAGCUGUCCCAAGCCAGCACCUGCACCAAUAGCAGGCCAGCGGGUUCGUGCCGUGUACGAUUAUAUUGGCCAGGAAGCAGAUGAGCUAAGUUUCAAGGCAGGAGAGCUUCUCACCAAAUUAGAAGAUGAGGAUGAACAAGGCUGGUGCAAAGGAGUGACUGACAGUGGACAUGUGGGCCUCUACCCUGCCAACUAUGUGGAACCCAUACAGGGUUAGAUAGAAUGGGCAAAAACGGGGGAGUGGGUG